AUGACUGUUGAAGGCGUCAGCAAGUUUGAGCCGGUGCGUUUCUUGACUGAUUUCAAGAGGACCGCCGAUGCCAUUGGUUCGUCAUAUUCGGAGUCCUCCAUCCUGGAAGCUCUAGAGACCUUCGAAGAGUGCUUUCGAGAUGGUGCGGUCAUCUGGCGUACCACGAACCGAGAUGACGAUCCGGUCAAUUACCGGUUCUACCUUCGGCGGCGAUUAGACACAAUUGAAAUCGCCACAAAAGCCGGCCACCUUGAGCCAGACAACCAAAUGGCACGACUUAUCACGUCCUGGAGUGCACUAUAUAAUGGAGAUACCGAACAGUGGUGUGACUUUCACCCCGAAACAGGCCUAGCCAAGACCUGGGUGAAUCUAAAAGGUCGGCGACCAGUCGACGAUAUCCUAAAUGCGCCAGAAGUUCCAGACUCCGUCCGGGCCCAUGGGCCAAAGUUCCAUAGCCUUGGCCUAGAGCUACUUAGGUUCCUCGCUGUUGAUUACGAAGGGUCUACUAUGAACCUAUACUUCACUGCGCCAGGGCCGGUUUCCGAGACCCAGGCUACACAGUACACUGCAUUAGCUCAAUGCAAACCUCCUACUAAAGAAGAGUUUCAAGAUAUGCGCUCAUUCUUGAACCCUCAAGGCUUUGCUUUCGCAGUCACGAUGGAGUACAAAACGGGAGCUAUUAAACGGGUAGCUUUCUAUGCCUUGAACCUUCCAAAGAAUCAGUUACCUACUGUGAAUGACCGGGUGUCCACGUUUUUUGCGGCGGCGCCGUCAUACGAUAAGCAGCAAACGAAAAAUGUCGCCUGGUCCUUUGGGGUAGGAGAUAAGAAGUACAUGAAGGCCGAGUCAAGCUAUGUGGGGGAACUUGCCACCGUCUUGAAAGACGUCGGAUCUCCCCUAACUUCGUGA